CGAGUGCUCAACAUCGAAGGUGAAGCGUCAUUCGAGUGUUCAACAUCGAAGUAAGUUCGACACUUGACAUGGAAGUACACGCACGUGCUCCAGAUCCGUUAACAAAUGACGGUGACAUGGCUAAAAAUUGGCACAGCUGGAAGGAGGAUUUCAUUAUAUUCAUGAAAGUAACAGGAUAUAUUCAUAAACCCAAUGAAGUCCGUGCGAAUCUUUUAAAAAAUCGGAUUGGAAAGAUUGGUAUCGAUGCGAUAGAAACAAUAUCAUUUGACAAUCAGCAAGAUAAAGAUGAUAUGGAUAUAUUAAUGACAAAACUCGAAGAUUACUUUAAUCCACCGAAGAAAGAAGUGGUUGAGCGAUAUCAGUUUUUUACACAGACGAAAAAACAAAACGAAUCUAUCGAAGAACAUAUAAACAAGUUGAGAGAGAAAGCCAAAACUUGUAAUUUCAAGGAAAUGACGGAGAGUUUUAUACGAGACAAGGUCAUUCUCGAUACACACGACAAGAUACUUCGUAAAAAGUUGUUCGAAGUGGACGAUUUAGAUUUGCAGAAAAUAGUAGCGAUUUAUAAAGAUUACAAUAUCAACAUCGAAAAGAUGAAACAGGUUACUCAAGAGAAGAACACAGCACCUACCGUGGCGAAACAAACACUGACAACAGUUAGAACAGUGAAAGGAGUAUGUUGGAGGUGCGGUUGUUCACAUCCGCUGGGAAAGUGUCCCGCUUGGGGGUCAAAGUGCACAAAAUGCGGCGACGUCAAUCACUUCACCCAAUGUUGCAAGGGUAUUAAAUUACCCAAAAUAUUAAAUAACCCAAAGGUGGAUAAAAAUAUGCUGAAUCCAACGCAACUGGAUACAAAAAUGAUUUCAGAGGUAAACAAUUUGAAAAGAAAGAAUUAAAAAGAAAUUGGCAACAACGUUUCUCUUUCGAAAAAUGUACGAUUAAUUACGAUUAUAUAAUAAAAGUAUAAUACCUUCUUAUUAAAAUA